GUCACAUGGUGCUCCAUUUUCCCAUUUCCGCUGGCUGACUUCAUCAUGUCGUCGCUGACGGCGCGCUUGCCUUUGAAAGCCGUCACGCGCCUCGUUCGCAAGCGAUCGGCGUCGCAGCCACUCCUUACGUGCAUGAAACUCGCGGGAAAGGCUGGGAUGGAUGGAGAAUCUGCGCAAGUGCUCCUCGUCGCGAGCGCAGUCAUGACUGCCGGGGGGAUUGCUGCUGCUGCUUCUUCAAGCGACUCGUCCGUAUCUCGAAGCGAGUCACUGCUGUCGCUGCCGCGGUACUUCGACGAUGAGUACGAUCUCGUGAAUGCCCGAACACUAGGCCAAGGUGCUUUCGGCAUGGUCAUGCAAUGCGUGAGCAAGUUGGAUCAGACAAUGGCGGCUGUCAAGGUUGUCUCGGAUGGAUAUGACGAAGCGGAACGAGAAAAGAACGCCCUCAUGUGCGUUGAACACGCAGGGGGCCAUCCCAACAUCAUCCAGCUCACGAAUCACUUCACCCACGACGGGUUCCAUUACAUGGUGCUCGAAUUCAUUGACGGCGUGACCUUGUUCGACUAUGUCGCUGAGCGCAAGCAGUUGACGUCCCAGGAUGCAAUUGCCGUGUUAACUCAAGUCGCCUCGGCGCUGGCUUUUCUCCACGCCCACGGCAUGGUGCACUGCGACCUCAAGCCGGACAACAUCAUGAUCGUCCAAGACAAGAGAAACGAAUCCACCAACAUUGCAGUGAAAAUCAUCGACUUUGGCUCGGCGACCAUUCCUCGUCCGAAGGAGUCGAGUCGCAUUCCACUCAAGCGUGCGUUGACACUGUCGUCCGCGCCGCUUUCUGGCACCAGAACGUACUGGUCCCCCGAGAUGCUGUCUGGUCCUAUCGGCCAAGUGAGUCCAAGCAUGGACAUGUGGUCGCUUGGUUGUCUCCUGUACAUCAUGCUGUGCGGCCGCCAUCCAUUUGACUCGCGCGGCUCGCUGUCCGAAGAAAUGGUUCUCCACAACGUUAUCCAUGCCGACGUCGACAUACCUUCGUCCUGGCCUCCCAAACUGACUGCCAUUGUUGCCCAGCUCCUCGAUAAGGACCCGUCCACGCGACUCACAGCCCCCGAGCUCGUUGCGGCUCUGGAGGCGCUUUCACGUUAAUAUUUACAAUUCAUCUUUGAAGUCGUCGCUCA